CACAAGCCCACCUUACUGCUGUGUGGACCUUUAUUCUUUGCGAACAGGAGAGAUGGUCAAGUCCAUACAGUUCAAAACUCCUAUUUAUGAUCUGCAUUGCAAUAAAAGGAUACUAGUUGUAGUCCUGCAAGAGAAAAUCGCCGCCUUCGACAGCUGUACUUUCACUAAAAAAUUCUUCGUUACAAGCUGCUAUCCUUGUCCAGGGCCAAACAUGAAUCCUAUUGCUCUUGGAAGCCGUUGGCUUGCUUAUGCAGAAAAUAAGCUGAUCCGAUGCCAUCAAUCCCGUGGUGGAGCCUGUGGAGACAACAUUCAGUCUUACACUGCCACAGUCAUUAGUGCUGCCAAAACGAUAAAGACUGGACUUACAAUGGUUGGGAAAGUAGUUACGCAGCUGACAGGGACGCUGCCUUCAGGAGCAACUGAAGAAGAAAUUUUAGCUCAUAGCAACCUUCGUCGAAGUCCUCUGGUGCCUGGGAUCAUCACUAUCAUUGAUACAGAGACAGUUGCAGAAGGGCAGGUCCUGGUCAGCGAGGACUCCGACAGCGACGGCAUUGUGGCCCACUUCCCCGCGCACGAGAAGCCAAUUUGCUGCAUGGCUUUUAACCCGAGCGGGAUGUUGCUGGUCACUACUGACACAUUAGGCCAUGAUUUCCAUGUUUUUCAAAUACUGACACAUCCUUGGUCAUCAUCACAAAGUGCCGUCCAUCAUUUGUAUACACUUCACAGGGGAGAGACUGAAGCCAAAGUACAAGAUAUCUCCUUCAGCCACGACUGUCGUUGGGUUGUGGUCAGCACUCUUCGUGGUACUUCCCAUGUUUUUCCUAUCAAUCCCUACGGUGGCCAGCCCUGUGUCCGGACACACAUGUCACCCCGGGUGGUAAAUCGCAUGAGCCGAUUCCAGAAGAGUGCAGGGUUGGAAGAGAUCGAGCAAGAGCUGACAUCGAAACAAGGAGGACGCUGCAGCCCUGUCCCAGGCCUGUCAAGCAGCCCGUCUGGCUCACCGCUCCAUG